AUGUUACCGGUUUAUUACAUCUCAACUAUCGUUCUUUUAACAACUCUAACUGAUCCGGUGAGUGGUGACGCAACCACAUCAAGCAAUGCCUGCCCAUUCAAUUCAGUGAGUGCAACAUACUUUUCACAAUAUAAUGUCAUCACAACCGGAGAUUUUAGUAGUACGUCUGAUGUUGAAAAUCAAACAAUUGUGUGUGGUUCAUUAAAGAGUAAUCAAGCUAAUUAUUGUAUACAUAUUGAUCAAAAUAACUUUAAUGCUAAAAGUCCUUGUCUUGAAAUUAAUGGCGCUUUGCCAUCAGGUGGCGGUAGUCCAAAUGUUCAGGUGGGUAGUGUUAGCGUUGGUUCAAACCCCGUACAUACAUUAACAAAAAAAGGUACAACACAAUAUCAAAUAGAUCAAUUGCAAUUUAAUUUAAAUGGUGGUAACCAAGGUGCAACAGCUUUUGUUGACAGUAACCUACCAUCGAAAUGUGCAGCAAUCACAUCCGGGCUGCAAACGCUGUCAAGUUCAUUAUUUCAAAUAACACCAAAUAAUAAUGCCACAAUACCAUCAGGGCAACCUAGUCCAUUGAAUUUAAAUGUCAAUAAUGUCGACAGUAAUGGUAUUGCUAUAUUUAAUUUAUCUGGUUCAUCCGUUCUAGCUAACAAAUACGUGCAGCAAAUUCAAAUAAAUAUAAACAAUGCAAAUUGUAAAUUUAUUUUAAUUAAUUUAUAUGGUACAGCUGUUAAUUUUAAUCAGGGUAAUCUUGUUGGAUCAUGGAUAACAAAUUUGAAUGGACGAGCUAAAACACUAUGGAAUUGUCCACAAGCAACAACAAUGAAUCUACAACAAAACUUACAAGGUGCUCUGUUAGCCCCAAAUGCUGUUGUACAAGCAUCAUCAAACAUUGAUGGAGCAACAGCUGUAAAAUCAUUAACAACACAAUCGGAAUUACAUAACCCACCAAUUCAAUUUCCAUGCCUCGCUGCAGUAGAAAAGGCUCCAGUGUCAACGUUGUCGUCGACCACCCCUAAAGCCACCACUACAUCAACUGUUGCUCCAACAACAACGACUAGUACUACUAAUUUUACUUAUUUUAUAUUACAAAAACGUAUGCAGAAUGUUCAUGGUUCACAAUCAUUGAUUAUUGUAUUAUAUGCACGGGAGAGAUAUCGUAUUUUGAGCGAGAGGCUCCAGUGUCAACGUCGUCGUCGACCACCCCUAAAGCCACCACUACAUCAACUGUUGCUCCAACAACAACAACGACUACUACUACUACAGGUAUAG